CGGCGGAGGUGGGGGUACGGAGGGAGGCGGAUUAAGCCCUUAAUUACGGCGUGAUCCGAGUGGCACCUGCUUUCCGCCCGCCCGGCUCCCGGGGGAUUCCGGCACUGUGGGGUGGAGAGGAGAACCAGCGAAGGAGGACAAGUCGCGCGGACGCGCGGACGCUACCCGGGCGAGCCCGCAGGACAGCGGCACCGUGGCUGCCGCAGCGCGCAGAGGCUGUGGAGGGGCUCCCGGCUCCCGGCCCGCGGGUCCUAGACCCAGGGGCUGGGCUCCGAGCCCCCAGCCGAAGACCCGGGCGGGCCGCGUCAUGCUGCGCUACCUGCUCAAAACCCUACUGCAGAUGAACCUGUUCGCGGACUCCCUGGCCGGGGACAUCUCCAACUCCAGCGAGCUACUCUUCGGCUUCAACUCCUCGCUGGCAGCGCUCCACCCUAGCCUGGUGCCUCCCGGAGACCCCUCCAACAACGGGUCAAGAGCUGGGUCGGAGGAUGCCAUGCCACGCAUCGUGGAGCAGCCGCCAGACUUGCUGGUUUCCAGGGGCGAGCCGGCCACUCUGCCCUGUCGCGCUGAAGGUCGGCCUCGACCCAACAUCGAGUGGUACAAGAACGGGGCGCGUGUGGCCACCGCACGGGAGGAUCCGCGUGCGCAUCGCCUGCUGCUGCCCAGCGGCGCCCUCUUCUUUCCCCGCAUCGUGCACGGGCGCCGCUCUCGGCCAGAUGAGGGUGUGUACACCUGUGUGGCUCGCAACUACCUGGGAGCUGCCGCUAGCAGAAACGCCUCUCUGGAAGUAGCUGUCCUCCGUGAUGAUUUCCGGCAGUCGCCUGGGAACGUGGUGGUAGCAGUGGGGGAGCCAGCAGUAAUGGAAUGUGUGCCCCCUAAGGGGCACCCAGAGCCUUUGGUAUCCUGGAAGAAGGGCAAUGCAAAGCUUAAGGAAGAGGAGGGAAGGAUUACUAUACGCGGAGGAAAGCUGAUGAUGUCACACACAUUCAAGAGUGAUGCUGGCAUGUAUGUGUGCGUGGCCUCCAACAUGGCUGGAGAACGAGAGAGUGGAGCAGCUGAACUCGUGGUGCUGGAGCGUCCCUCAUUUCUGCGUAGACCAAUAAACCAGGUCGUCCUGGCUGACGCCCCUGUGAAUUUCCUGUGUGAGGUGCAGGGAGACCCCCAGCCCAAUCUACGCUGGCGCAAGGAUGAUGGGGAGCUGCCCACUGGCAGGAGGCGGUCUGUAGCUGUGGCCAACCCAGCUUGGGGUGGGGAGUGGAGCAGGUAUGAGAUACGGAGUGACCACAGCCUUUGGAUCGGCCGAGUGAGUGCUGAAGACGAGGGAACUUACACCUGUGUGGCAGAGAACAGUGUGGGCCGUGUGGAGGCCUCUGGCUCCCUCAGUGUUCACGUCCCACCACAAUUUGUGACUCAGCCCCAGGACCAGACAGCAGCUCCUGGAGAAAAUGUGUCUUUCCAGUGUGAGACCAAAGGAAACCCCCCACCUGCCAUCUUCUGGCAGAAGGAAGGGAGUCAAGUCCUGCUUUUCCCUAGUCAGUCACUCCAGCCCAUGGGACGCUUCUUAGUCUCUCCAAGAGGCCAACUCAACAUCACUGAAGUACAGCUCAGGGAUGCUGGCUACUACGUCUGCCAGGCUGUCAGUGUGGCUGGCAGCAUCCUGGCCAAGGCCCUAUUAGAGAUAAAAGGAGCCUCCAUGGAUGGGCUGCCUCCCAUCAUCCUCCAAGGACCAGCCAAUCAGACACUGGUACUUGGCUCUUCUGUGUGGCUGCCAUGCAGAGUGACUGGAAACCCUCAGCCCAAUGUCCAGUGGAAGAAGGAUGACAGGUGGCUGCAGGGGGAUGACUCACAGUUCAGCUUAAUGGACAAUGGCACUCUAUACAUUGCCAGUGUUCAGGAGAUGGACAUGGGUUUCUACAGCUGUGUGGCCAAGAGCUCCAUAGGGGAGGCCACAUGGAACAGUUGGCUUAGGAAGCGAGAAGAUUGGGGAGCAUCGCCAGGUCCAGCAACAGAACCCAGUAACCCUCCAGGGCCUCCCUCUCAGCCAAUAGUCACAGAGGUAACCAAGAACAGCGUCACCUUGACCUGGAAGCCCAAUCCACAGUCUGGGGCCACAGCUACCUCCUAUGUGAUAGAGGCCUUUAGCCAAGCGGCUGGCAACACCUGGCGGACAGUGGCAGAUGGGGUGCAGCUGGAAACACACACCAUCAGUGGCCUGCAGCCCAAUACCAUCUACCUGUUCCUGGUGCGAGCUGUUGGAGCCUGGGGCCUCAGCGAGCCCAGCCCUGUCUCUGAGCCUGUUCAAACCCAGGCAGACAGCAGCCUAUCUAGGCCAGUGGAUGACCCGUGGAGAGGCCAGAGAGGACUAGCUGAAGUGACUGUGCAAAUGCAGGAGCCCAUAGUCCUUGGGCGCAGAACUCUGCAGGUGUCCUGGACUGUGGAUGGUCCAGUCCAGCUGGUGCAAGGGUUCCGUGUGUCUUGGAGGAUUGCAGGCCUUGACCAGGGAAGCUGGACAGUACUGGACCUACAGAACCCUCACAAGCAAAGUACUGUGCUGAGAGGACUCCCCCCAGGGGCCCAAAUCCAGAUCAAGGUGCAAGCCCAAGGCCAGGAGGGGCUGGGGGCUGAAAGCCCUUCUGUGACCAAGAGCAUUCCUGAGGAGGCCCCCAGUGGCCCCCCUCAGGGAGUGGUUGUGGCCUUGGGGGGUGAUGGCAACAGCAGUAUCACUGUAUCCUGGGAGCCUCCGCUUCCCUCCCAGCAAAAUGGGGUCAUCACUGAAUAUCAGGUCUGGUGCCUGGGUAACGAAAGCCGCUUCCAUCUCAAUCGAUCUGCAGCAGGCUGGGCACGCUCUGUCAUGUUCCGGGGACUGCUACUGGGCCAGCGCUACCGAACCCUGGUGGCGGCAGCUACCAGCGCUGGCGUGGGCGUGGCCAGUGCCCCAGUGCUAGUGCAGCUGCCAUCCCCUCCGGCAGCGGAGCCCGGGCCCGAGGUCAGCGAGGGGUUGGCGGACCGGCUGGCUAGGGUGCUGCGGGAGCCCGCCUUCCUGGCUGGCAGCAGCGCGGCCUGCGGGGCGCUGCUGCUCGGGCUCUGCGCUGUCCUCUACCGGCGCCAGAAGCAACGCAAAGAGCUCAGUCACUACACCGCCUCCUUUGCCUACGCACCUGCAGUGUCCUUCCCACACUCUGAGGGCCUUUCUGGAUCCAGUUCCAGGCCACCCGUGGGCCUUGGCCCUGCUGCCUACCCAUGGCUGGCAGACUCCUGGCCUCACCCAUCUCGAAGUCCCUCAGCACAGGAACCCCGGGGAAGCCGCUGCCCCAGCAAUCCUGACCCAGAUGAUAGAUACUACAAUGAGGCGGGAAUCUCCUUGUACUUGGCUCAGACUGCACGGGGUGCUAAUACCUCUGGUGAGGGUCCUGUCUACAGCACCAUUGACCCAGUAGGGGAAGAGCUGCAGACCUUCCAUGGAGGGUUUCCUCAACAUUCUUCUGGAGAGCCAAGCACCUGGAGCCAGUAUGCGCCUCCAGAAUGGAGCGAGAGGGACAGUGGAGCCAGGGGAGGCAAAGGGAAGCUUCUGGGCAAACCUGUACAGAUGCCCUCGUUGAGCUGGCCAGAAGCCCUGCCACCACCUCCCCCUUCCUGUGAACUAAGCUGUCCAGAGGGGCCUGAGGGAGAGCUGAAGGGCAGCUCAGAUCGGGAGGAAUGGUGCCCACCAAUGCCUGAGAAAAACCGCUUGAUUGAGUCAAGCUCCAGUGGAGCCUGCCUGGUGGCUCCACCCCAAGGGGAAACUCCCUCCCCUACCUCUUCUUAUGGAGAGCAGUCCACAGCCACUCUUACCCCUUCACCUCCUGAUCCUCCCCAGCCCCCUACUGACAUCCCCCAUCUCCAUCAGGUGCCCAGGAGGGUGCCCCUUGGGCCAAGUUCUCCUCUCAGCGUAUCCCAGCCCACUCUGAGUGGCCACGAAGAUAGGCCUGCUGGCCCGAGUGCUGUCCCUACGGUCUCCUAUCACCCCACCCCGAGUCCUGUCCCUAGUACAGGCUGCAGUGCUCCAGGGAGAGCUCACCAGGUGACUGGAGAGAUGACUCCCCCACUCCAUGGACACCGCGCCCGAAUCCGGAAGAAACCCAAGGCUCCUCCCUACAGAAGAGAGCACAGUCCUGGGGACUUGCCCCCACCACCCUUGCCACCACCAGAGGAAGAGACAAACUGGCCCCUGGGUCUGAGAACAGCAGGCAGCAUGUCUUCCCUUGAGCGAGAUCACAGCAGCAUCAGGGAGAGAAGAGUGGUGCAGGCAGUGCCUCUAGGGGCCCAGCGUGGGCCCCACACAGAUGCUAUACUUCUGGAUUAUGUUGCAGAAGAGGCCUGGCUCCCAUAUGGCAGACCGAGCUUCCUGAGCCAUGGCCAGGGCACCAGCACCUGCUCGACCGCUGGUAGCAAUUCUUCCAGGGGUUCCAGCAGCUCUCGAGGAUCUCGGGGCUCUCGGGGCCCUGGACGCAGCCGGAGCCGCAGCCAGAGCCAGAGGCCAGGACAGAAACGUCGAGAGGAACCAAGAUGACCCUUCAUGAAACCAUGAGCUUAUUGACAGCUCCACAGGGAAAGGAUGGGAACCCUUUCCCUGGUCAACAGGUGUGAGCCAAGAGGAGCAAGGACGGGUUGCCCUUCCUCCCAGCAAUGAUGCUUGUGACUCACAGAAACCUACUGUCCUCAGCAGCUUUAGGUGUCUUGGGAGCCAGACAACUAGCUCUUUUUUUUUCCAUAUAUUUUUUUUUUUUUGGACUGAGACAUGUUUGUACAAAAGGGAAAAAAAAAAAAACAGAACAAAACAAAAAAAAAAAGCAUCCCUGA